CGGAGCUGAAAACAAAACAUACAUACUGCGGUGCGGCGGCGGCUGCCGUUUACAUUUUCUCCUAUCAGCAUACAUACACAGCUGCUUUCCGGCAGCUCUCUCUUGAGCUCUCGCAUUCCCUUCUUCAUCAUCCUCACACCAACAGGUUGUCAGCUUGCAGUCGGAUUGUGCCUUUGGUGGAGUGGGAGAGAGUCCAACAAUCAACUCUCUCUCUCUCUGCCCAAAUCUGACUUCCUCAUUGGUGAUUAUAGGGACGUUUACCUAUCCAUUGAUUCUCAGACUGUUUUUGGGCCAUGGCAACCACAUUGCAUCUAAGUGGAACCGUGACUUCGCAUCCAUGUUACUCCAGGAGAGCCUCGUGCUUUCUACCAGUUCCAGGGCAGCAGAAUCUUGGCCACAUUGUUACCCCUCUUUCUCUUCCUUGUUCUCGUACGCAGCUGAAUGGGUCUCGUGAACAGCUGGCCCUUCAAAGCAAUUGUAUGAAUGGCAGGGUUGGCCUGCCUGAGAAGCAUGAUGUCGAGGACCAAGCAUCUGAACAAACUGCUAGUGAGCUGACAUGUGUUAUGAAGUUUGGUGGCUCAUCUGUUGCCUCGGCAGAGAGGCUGAGAGAAGUAGCUGAACUUAUUCUUAGCUUUCCUGAAGAGAGGCCCGUCAUUGUUCUUUCUGCUAUGGGGAAAACAACCAAUAAGCUCCUACUGGCAGGAGAAAAGGCGGUCACUUGUGGGGUUCCUAAUGUGUCUCAUCUUGAAGAACUGGCCUUCAUCAAAGAUUUGCAUUUGAGUACCCUGAACAAGCUUGGGUUGGAAAGAUCUAUAAUUGCAAAACACCUCUCUGAGUUGGAACAGCUUCUGAAUGGUAUUGCUAUGAUGAAAGAGAUGACUUUAAGAACAAAAGACUACCUUGUCUCCUUUGGCGAGUGCAUGUCCACUAGGAUUUUUGCAGCAUAUUUGAAUAAGAUUGGUGCCAAAGCUCGCCAAUAUGAUGCCUUUGAAAUAGGUUUUAUCACUACUGAUGAUUUUACAAAUGCGGACAUUUUGGAAGCGACUUAUCCGGCUGUCGCAAAGAGGUUGGUUGGAGAUUGGAAUAGUGAUCCAGCAAUUCCUGUUGUGACUGGAUUCCUUGGGAAGGGCUGGAAAAGUUGUGCUGUUACUACAUUGGGAAGGGGCGGUAGUGAUUUGACUGCCACAACAAUUGGUAAAGCUUUGGGGUUUAGGGAAAUUCAAGUGUGGAAAGAUGUAGAUGGUGUUUUAACUUGUGAUCCUAACAUAUAUCCUGGUGCGGAGCCAGUGCCCUACCUGACUUUUGAUGAGGCAGCUGAACUUGCGUACUUUGGCGCUCAGGUUCUCCAUCCACAGUCCAUGAGACCUGCUAGAGAGGCUGACAUUCCUGUUCGAGUGAAGAACUCUUAUAAUUCUAAAGCUCCAGGAACUCUUAUUUCCCGAACAAGAGAUAUGAGCCAGGCAGUACUUACAAGCAUUGUUUUGAAACGAAAUGUCACAAUGUUGGAUAUUGUCAGCACUAGAAUGCUUGGCCAAUAUGGGUUUCUUGCUAAGGUUUUCUCAACUUCUGAGGAUUUAGGCAUAUCUGUAGAUGUUGUAGCAACCAGUGAGGUGAGCAUCUCCUUGACAUUAGACCCUUCCAAGUUUUGGAGCAGAGAGUUGAUCCAGCAGGCAAGUGAACUGGAUCAUAUGGUUGAAGAACUUGAAAAAAUUGCAGUGGUAAAUCUUUUACAGAAUAGAUCCAUCAUCUCGCUCAUUGGGAAUGUUCAAAGAUCUUCACUGAUACUAGAGAAGGCUUUUCAUGUGCUCCGGACUGUUGGAGUAAACGUUCAAAUGAUAUCUCAAGGUGCCUCAAAAGUUAACAUUUCAUUUAUAGUCAACGACAGCGAAUCUGAAGAAUGCGUUAGGGCUCUUCAUGCCGCUUUCUUUGAGAGUGAUCUUCCAGAACUUGUAUCUGUACAUAAUUCUGGGGAUGGUCUGAUAUGAAGAAAUAACGCCAAAGCCUUUUUGGAGGGGUUCAUCAGAGAUCGUUGUAAAUCCACAAUUCUUUUAAUACAAAAACGUGUCAUCCCAAAACUGUUAAGGAAUAUAUGGCUGCAAUUUUAUAUAGAUUGAGUUGCAGUAGUGUAGUAGAGGCCGCCUCGAGGUAUUGAUGGUGUCCAAUGCAUCAUUAUGUCGUAAAGGGGCAGACAUUUUUGUACCGUAAGAAAGAUUUGUUCGACAAUUCUCUUUGGUUGAGGUAAGCAAUGGCAUUCAUAUUAUAUUCAACAGGAAACUAUGCUGUACUUAAUUGGGCGUUACUUAUACACACAGAACACAUCAUUAUAUUAAGAGCUUUGUUCUAGCGAAUUCCCAUUUGGUACGCCUGCUCACAAAAUUCUCCUCCCAGAACAUCGCAAGCUUCACCCAGCAGCACCCUCCUGGGAUCUGUGUAAUCCAUGUACUCCCUCUCUAUUGCCUCUGGUCUAGCACCUUUGGGCUUUUCGGCCUGUGGUUGAAGCUUCACUUCUGGGUACAUGUCAGCCAAACAGGUCUCUCCCCCAAUUGUUUCACACGCUUCUGCAGGAAAAACGGAGAUUGUGGAGUUAUAGUUGACAGCAAGGGCAUUCUGUUUGAAGGAAGCAAAUCUGCUACUACUGUUUGAGCUAACCAAAACUUUUGGUGGUGAGUUGAUAGAGAAGCUGCUUCCCAUAGGAAUAGUGGUAGUUAAAGCUGACUGCAUUUUGAUGCCUUUUGAUACCUUUCUUCUUGUUCAGUUUUUGUGCUUCAGAUGAUCUUAUAUGGUGCUCAGUUGGGAUUCUAUUUAGUCCACAGUUCAGUUGAGUGAGUGGUAAUGAUAUUUUGGUAUUUGGAUAAGGAACUCUUUUACUUGCUGAGAUGGACGAUCGGGAUUGUUUCCAUCGUCUUGGAUAUUUUUUUUCUUUCCUUUUCUCUUCUAUGGGAUAUCAUUGCCAUGUCAUCGCCCUUGUUCUUACUGCGAAAAAUAUCUUCAAUUAUUAUGUGACCCUUUGUCAUGCAACUUCCUUGUGAUAUUAGUACAUUGCC